AUGAACUGGCUAGAAAAUGUGCUACUUCUUGGCUAUCUGAUAUAUCGGGUAUCUGGUUCCGUAGGCGAUUAUUCCUUGCCCUAUCGCUCCUGUACCGAAAAAUGUCGGAACGCAUACUCCUGUCCAGAACGUUUUGACAGCUGCGCAUGGUCAAGUGGACCGUGUUUUCGCUGUCGCUAUGACUGCAUGUGGACCACGGUUGAUAUUUUUGUAGAACACGAAGGAUUUGUACCACAGUUUCAUGGGAAAUGGCCAUUUCUUGCCGUGAACAUCAAUGUACCCAUCGUAGGGAAUCUCAUUAUUCAGGUACCGUUACGCGAAACUAUUAUACUAGUCUGGCAGGAGAGUUUGUCGACGAAGACUGAAAUGUAA